CCCGCCCAGCUGACCGGACCGCUCUCCCCUCGCUGUCGGCUGCCCCGGCGUGCAGGGCCCGGCCGCCGCCAUGUCUGGCCCCUACGAGCUCUCGGUGCAAGAUCUCAACGAUCUGCUCUCGGAUGGCAGCGGCUGCUACAGCCUCCCGAGCCAGCCCUGCAACGAGGUCACCCCCAGGAUCUACGUGGGCAACGCGUCUGUGGCUCAAGACAUCCCCAAGCUGCAGAAACUGGGCAUCACCCACGUCCUGAACGCCGCCGAGGGCCGGUCCUUCAUGCACGUCAACACCAACGCCAGCUUCUACAAGGACUCCGGCAUCACCUACCUGGGCAUCAAGGCCAAUGACACGCAAGAGUUCAACCUUAGCGCCUACUUCGAAAGGGCCGCGGACUUCAUCGACCAGGCCUUGGCUCAAAAGAAUGGCCGCGUGCUUGUCCACUGCCGUGAGGGCUACAGCCGCUCCCCAACCCUGGUUAUUGCGUACCUCAUGAUGCGGCAGAAGAUGGACGUCAAGUCUGCCCUGAGCAUCGUGAGGCAGAACCGUGAGAUCGGCCCCAACGACGGCUUCCUGGCCCAGCUCUGCCAGCUCAACGACAGACUAGUCAAGGAGGGCAAGUUGAAACUCUAGGGUCCCCCCACCGCCUCCUCUCUAGAGGCUGCACAGGGGAGGCCCUGGCUGAGGCGUCCCUAACUGCCACGUUUAGGAAACACGAUGUACCCUGCUCCCAGCACCGCCAGGCACUCGCCCACAGAUCUGCCCCAACACAGCCCUGGGCCUCCUCACCCCCCGGGGAGCAUAUAAAGAAGCUUGCUACGGAGGACGUUUUUGCUCCCUGGUGCGUCCGGUGCCUGCAGGUUGUGACACCCCGCCCCGCUGGGGUGGGGCCGCAGAGGGGGAGACGUGUAAGGCACCUGCUUCUGGAUGACCCGGGGCAGCAGGUCCGUGGAAGCAGAAGGCCUGAGACGCUCACAGGGGGCCCUCCUGACUGCACCCCCCCCCACCCCCACUCCUGAUCCCCAGGUCCUCUCCUGAGUGGGGACCGCAGCACCUGAAGCCUUGUAAAGGAACUAUGCAAACUCGGGCCCCUCUCCCCCGCCGUGUCUGUCUCCCCCGGCUCCUCACAGCCGCCCACACCCUGCUCGUAGGCAGAGACGCUCCGGGGUCUGCGGCCGGCGUGGGGUAGCCGUCCAUUGUUCGUGGGUGGAAAUGCCCGCAGAGAGACCACAUGUUAAUUAUUUCCUUAGGAUUAAAGAUACCUGAACAACAAGGCCCUCAGGUGGGCACACAGACUCCCCCCGGGGGUCUCCCCUGAACCAGGAGUUUCUAAAAUGCGAGGCCUUGGAAGGCUCGCGUUCCAAAUCCACGGGAACGUGUCCCGGGACCGCUCUGGUCACUCGGUUGGUCCGAGGAGCGCUGCCUUGGGCACGGCGUGUGUGUCCUUUUUAGAAAACAGGGUGUUGAAGUCCAGCCUAUUUAAAGCCCCGCCAUUUGGAGAAUUACAAGGGUUUCGUCCUGAAUUAUAGUGUUGGCGAGCCCAGGCUGCUCGUGCCAGCUGCUUUUUGUCUCCGUUGCUAUUCUCAGACCAGGAGGAGGAAGUUGGCCAAUUACAGCGUGUAUGUGGGGGUGUGUGUGGGGUGAGGGGGGGCGGUGUCUCAGAAACACAGCCAGGGGGCCGGGGAGCAGGGAGAUGAGUGGUCCCAGGCUCACAGCCCACCCACCUACAGGCCUUUCUGACAGCUCUCUGGUGCCGGAAAGGACCCUGGACCCCCGGGGGAGCAGAAAUGACUCAGUGGGGCCGAAAUGAAAUGCGACGGUGCGUCCAAACGGAGCCGUUAUUGGUGGUAGAGCCAACAAGCAAACAAACAGAAAGAAAGGACUUUUUUAGGAGAACGUUGGAACGCGCUUGCUCGCACAUGGGCGCGCACGUUUGUCAGAAUGUAGACUUUUAUUCUCGACACAGUCUUGUUAGGGCUUUGCAUGAUUUGUUGUCAUGGAAAGUGAUACAAUUCUGUCAUCUUCAGGUUCCCUCAUGGCACAGGGGUGGUCCUCUGCCGUGCCCCCAAUGCCUAGCAUAUAGGCGUCUGAUAAAAGUUUGUGAAAUUAAGCUUUUUUUUUUUGAGCACCAAAUAUAUGUAGGGCGUUGUUCUGGUGGGUAUAUCAAGCUCCCAGAAUCCCCGAGUUUGUGGUAGGAUCACUUGCAAGGGCUUCUAAAGGAGUCUUACCUGAAAAUGAAAUAUCAGGGACUUUUGUUGAAUAUUUAAAGUUGUUUUAAAUUUAAAUUCAGCCAGGAUGAACACGUGGAAGUGCGGAAUGUGCCUUUUUCGGCUGAGCAGGAGCUGUGGGCCGGGACCGGGAGAAGCAGGCGAGCCUCUGGGCUCACGCGCAGGCGUGACAGUGUCUCGGUGGGGGCAGCGCCAUGCGGCCCGAUGCCCCCGUCCUCUGUGAGCACGGCAGCCCUGAACGCAUCAGGAUCUGCCGUCUUUUUCAGAUGCUGGCUGCCCAGAGGGAGCCACCCAAGUGAAAUGGCCGUUCUCUACCCUGUACCUCACAGUUUUCAGAUCGCCCUCCUGCUCAGUCUGACUUGACCUUGGCAGUGACCCUCGUUGGUAGAGAUUCAUGUCUUGUUCCCUUUAAAAAAAAAGGAGCUGGGGUUCAGGGUGAUUAAGGGCAUGGCCCAGCUCACGGCAGAGCUGGGGCAUUAUUUCAGGUUUGCUGCUCCCUGAAGCUGAAUUCUUCCUCUCAUGCCACACUUCUCCUCAAGAAGUGCGCCUCCUGGGAGUGACCAGGUGCACUUGCGCCUGCCCUUGACCCCGCCCGUGUGCACAAGGGCCACUUAGCUUUGUGGACAGAGGACAAAGAUUCAAGCUGUGGUGCCCAGGAAAGACCUGGAUGGGGGCGGGACGAAGUCGGCACACACCCAUCCCUGCUCCAGGAAAAGGAAGUAAAGGAUUGGGUCAGACGAGUGACUCUUCUUCCAGGAAGCAUGUAGCAUCCCCAAGUCGCAGCUCUCUGCUGCACUUCUGGAAGAGGCUCAGGAUGUGGGUCUGGGCCUCCCCUCCCAUGCCCGGGCGGGGGUCACCCCACAGGAUAGCCACAGCUGCUUAGGAGCUCUUCUUGAAGGCCUGUUUGUGGGGAGUACGAGGGAGAAGAGGUGAGUGGGAGAAUUACUGCCUUCACUUUGGGACGACUUUUAUGCCCAUGACUUGGGAUUUCUCCGUAGUCUGCAUUCUCGGAAACCCCAUACUCAUGUCACGGGAUUUAGCCUCUCGUCCUUUGAGGAAAUGAAUUCUAUUGUGUAAGAGUCAACCCACGCCCAGCGCUGAGUGGAAGCUGUUUCUGGACAGCUUUUUGCCCCUGGGAAGUGAUGAAAUAGGAACUCAGGGUGCCCUCACUCCCUCCGCUGACCUAGUCCCUUUCCUUGACUAGCAGGAUGCCCAAAUUAGAGCACCAAGCGAUUCUUCUCUGUUGUAAAGGAGUACACAUACCACAGGCUGGUCUAUUCCCCUCUGAUUAUCUGGGGAGCAGAACUCACCAUCUACCAAACAGGACCUCUGAAGUCCCUUUAGCCCUGACACUGGAGGGUUCUUGGAGUCCCCGCUUGUAACUGAACACCACCUGGAAAUCAGAGGGGAUGUAAUUACACGAUGACCGGCAGGUGGCGCUGUGUUCCACCGGGGGGAGGGGGUGACGGAUGAUUUCGGAAAUGAAUGUUGGUGCCUUUUGUGUCACAAGUUAAUGUUAAGAUGCUAAUGUUUUAAUCAAAAUAAGCACUCUCAUAAUAAAGAUAUAAGCUUUACUCACAGGAAAUUUCUGCCAUAAAGCCGGUGCCAAGUACCACUAAAGAGGCAACAAGGAUGGUCUUUCCAAGUCAAGAUUUUAUCCUGAUUGGAAACCAAGGCCAUCUCCGGUUGCGAGAAUGGAUUGGUUGGAAGUGUAACUUACCUCCUGUCAGCUUUUAGGGUAAUUUGAUUGUGAAAGUGUGAAUUUUCUGGACAGAAAAGGGGAAUGUAUUAGAUUUUUUUUUAAAAAAAAGAGGUUUAAUGUCUGUUAUAUCACAAAUCAGUGUUAAAAUACUAAUUCUGUAACCAAAAUAAAUGUCCUAUAUUACCAAGAAA